AUGGAAGCAUUCAAGUCUCCAAAGAACCUGGUCCCCAGGGAGAAGAAACCUGAUGGGGGGCUGGUUUCUGUCACUAUUCCAGCCUCUCCCUUCAUGCAGAAGCUCGGAUAUGGCACCGGGGUCAACGUCUACUUGAUGAAAAGAUCUCCCAGAGGCUUGUCUUGCUCCCCUUGGGCAGUGAAGAAAGUUAGUUCCAAAUGCAACAGCAGCCAGCAAAGCAUCUAUCAGCAGAGACUGAACGAAGAAGCCAAGAUCUUGAAAAACCUCCAGCACCCCAACAUAGUGGGUUAUCGUGCAUUUACAGAAGCCAAUGAUGGAAGCAUGUGCUUGGCCAUGGAGUACGGAGGAGAAAAAUCCCUCACUGACUUACUUGAAGAAAGAAGAGCCAAGCGGUUGGGCCCGUUCCCUGCUGCCACAAUUUUCAAAGUCGCCUUGAGCAUGGCCAGGGGUCUGAAGUAUCUUCACAAUGAUAAGAAGCUGCUCCACGGAGAUAUCAAGUCUACAAAUGUGGUCAUUAAAGGUGACUUUGAAACCAUCAAGAUCUGUGAUGUGGGAAUGUCCCUGCCCCUGGAUGAGAACAUGACCGUGAGUGAUCCAGAGAUGUGCUACGUUGGCACCGAGCCCUGGAAGCCCAAGGAGGCUCUGCAGGAUGAUGGUGUCAUCACCGACAAGGCCGACAUCUUUGCUUUUGGGCUGACUCUCUGGGAAAUGAUGACCCUCUCUGUGCCCCACCUCAACUUGGGCAAUGACUCUGAUGAUGAAGAUGAAUCCUUUGAUGAAGACUCGCUCGACGAAGAUGCUUACUAUGCAGCCCUGGGAACCCGUCCAGCCCUCAACAUGGAGGAACUGGACUCCUCCUACCAGCGCAUGAUCGACCUCUUCACUGUCUGCACCAGCGAGGAGCCCAAGAAGCGUCCCUCAGCCGCAUGCAUCGUGGAAGUCUUGGAGACAACUUUGUCCCCAGAGUAA